GAGUUGCUCAGCAACGCGACGGCUCACACCAUAUGCCUGCAAGGGCACCGCAUCGUGAAGCCCGCGGCUUUGACGGAGGCGACUUCGCGGUGCAGUCGGCGCGGCUGGAAGGCCAUCCUGCCCCCGCUACUGUCGGUCAAGGAGACGAGCGUCGCGCAAGUGGCGCAGCUGUCGCCGCGCAAGCCAGUGCGUCUUCAACUUUGUCCUGGGCUGUCCCAGCUGCGCGCGCUGGCCUGUCGCAAGCCGCCGCUGAUUCCGAGGGAUCGGCCGAUUGGAGCUGGACGCGCGCCGCCAGACUGGAGCAGCGUAGCCGACGCUGCCGAUGGGCGCCUCGGAAUUGUGCUUGCAGGAAAGACCCCUGCGGCGCGGGACAUGGUGGAUCGGGCGUGCGUUCAGUGGGCCAAUCUUGCCGAGGAAGAGUUGUGCGAUUUGGCUCUGGCGACGCUGCCUACGUUG